AUGCACAAUGAUGAUCCAUUUUACAUCGCUGAUGUGUCUCAUUGUGCAAAACAGUACAUGAAAUGGAAACAAUAUUUACCUCGUGUGAAACCAUUCUAUGCUAUCAAAACAAAUCCAAAUGAUUUCAUUAUAAAAGUAAUUGGAAAAAUGGGCGGUGGAUUCGAUUGUGCAUCGAUUGAAGAGUUGAAUGCGGUUCUAUCGGUUUAUCCAGAUAUUGAUUGCUCACAACAAGUGAUCUAUGCGCAUCCUUGUAAGCAAAUUUCGCAUUUGAUCUAUUUCAAAAAUCGAGGUGUGCGCUUAACUGUUGCUGAUAAUACUGAUGAACUAAUCAAGAUAAAAAGAUAUUGGCCAAAUGCAAAAGUUUUAAUUCGAUUGAAAACAAAUGAUACUCACUCACUGAUUGCUUUGUCAACGAAAUUCGGUGUCCACGAGCGGAUAGCUAUUCGAAUGUUUGAUUUAGCCAAAAAGCUUGACAUAUAUUUGGUCGGAUGUACAUUUCAUGUUGGGACAGGGUGCUAUAAUACCACUGCAUUCCUUUCCUCCAUAAAGUUUGCUAAGAUAUUGUUUGAUAUUGCAAAAACAGCGGAAUACAACUUCAAAUUUACCAUAUUGGAUAUUGGUGGUGGUUUCCCGGGCGUUGCCGAAGAAAGCAAACCGAACUUUUCAGAAAUGGCUCAAGUAAUAAAUCAAACACUGGAUGAAAUGUUUCCUGAAAUUGAAGGUACUCAAAUAAUAGCUGAGCCCGGACGUUAUUUUGCUGCUGCUUGUAUGAAUCUGGUCACAUCAAUUAUUGGUGUUCGUUCCAAUAACAGAGAUUACACUGAUAUCUUGCCACUGGCAGAAAACGGAGUGUUAGAUAUAAAUUCAAUUGAAAAUGUUGAAAGAUAUUACUAUGUUAAUGAUGGUAUAUUAGGUUCGUUUGCCAAUAUUCUGUAUGAAAAAGCUGUUUUCAGUGUUAGUUGUUUGCGUAAAAAAACAAUGACUCUUCCUGAUCCUAAUGAGACACUAUAUAAUUCAGCUGUAUUUGGGCCGACAUGUGAUUCCUCUGAUCAAUUGUCACCUUCUGUGCAUUUACCACUGAUGGAGAUCGGUGAUUACCUUUGGUUCGAUAAUAUUGGUGCUUAUUCGAACUCAGCUUCGACCAAUUUCAAUGGAUUCAAUACUAAAAAGUACUUUUAUAUAUGGAAGGAUUAA